GGGGUCAGUUACCCCGAGGGGCGGAGCCACCCGCCGGGUUUGCAAAGACGGGGGGGGGGAGGGGCUUUUCUAUUCCCCGCUCACGGGAACGUCUCCGCGCAGGUUUCCCCGGGGGACGUUCCUGGGGGCGCACCAGGGUCAGGCCCAGAGACCCCGGAGCUGAGGCUCCCCCGCCCCGCGCUGGCCCCGGCGUCUCUCCGCCAAUCAGGGAGCGGGGCGUUCUGACGCGCACCCCCCUCCGCCAAUAGAAGGCCGCGCGUGAGAGAGAGCCCGGCGCUUCUCAGCGUGCCCGGGGAGGGCUAGCGCGGGAGGACGGGGAUAUGGGGCACUUCCGCUUCCUGCGGCUGGGGGGGCUCGUUGCCUUGGCAGCCUGACACGUCACUUCCGCUGUGAGGAGAGUCGAACUACGCUGGGCGGGGCGCCUCUCGCUCGAGCCCAGGAUAUUGGGUUGAGCUUCCUGGGUCAGACACUGCUGCCUGCAUUGUGAUCUGGGAAUCAAGACUGAGCAGCUGCUGCUCCCCUGACGGAGUCAAGGCUAGGGAGUGACCUUAAGUAAAGCCUUCUCUGUGCCCAGACAAGGCUGCAGCGCAACAUCCAUGUUUUGCUCCAAAUCAUUCCGUCCUUCAAGGGACCAGAAAAGGGAAAUGGCUGCAGUGGAGCCAGUUGAGGGGCUGAUGACCUUCGAGGAGGUGGCUGUGUAUUUCACCAGGGAAGAGUGGACUCUGCUGGACCCUGCUCAGAGAGCCCUCUACAGAGCCGUCAUGCAGGAGAACUAUGAGAAUGUGACCUCGUUGGCAGGGUUUCCAGUUUCUAAACUUGAUGUCCUCUCCCACCUGGAAAAAGGGGAAGAGUUCUUUUCCACAGAUCUCCAGGACUCAGAGGAAAGAAAGCUCUUGAGAAGCAGCUAUACAGGUGAGGGGAUGGUGAGAGAGACCAUGGAGCAGAAUCCUCAACAGGAAGACGAUGAAGUGGAACCACAGGGGGCAUUAUUGCAAAGAUGCAGAGGGAGUGUGUCCAGGAGUUGUGAGCAGGGAAAAGCCUGUGAGAGUCAGCACAGGCCAGAGAAGCAGCAGGGAAACCAGCCAAUGCAGAAAGUUGGUAAAUCUGUUAAUUAUCAGGGAACUCACAAAGGCCACGAGGAAACCACGGCCCAGCAGAGAAUCCUGACGGGAGAGAGAAAUAACACAUGUGUUGAAUGUGGGAAAAAGUUCAGUAGGCGCUCACACCUUGUUAAACAUGAGAGAAUCCAUAAAGGGGAGAAACCCUAUGAAUGCAGUGAGUGCGGGAAAACCUUCCCUCAGAGCUCAGCCCUUAUUAGUCAUCAGAGGAUCCACACUGGGGACAAGCCAUAUGAAUGUUGUGAGUGCAGGAAAACCUUCCUUCGGCACUCUGAUCUUAUUAGACAUCACAGGAUCCACACAGGGGAGAAACCUUAUGAAUGCUGUGCAUGUGGGAAAACCUUCGCUGAGCGCUCAAACCUUAUUGACCAUCAGAGAAUCCACACAGGGGAAAAACCCUAUAGAUGCUGUGAGUGCGGGAAAACCUUCUCUCAGAGAUCAACCCUUACUAACCAUCAAAGGAUCCACACAGGGGAGAAACCCUAUGAAUGCUGUGAGUGUGGGAAAAUCUUUGCUCGGAGCUCAGCCUUAAUUAACCAUCAGAGGAUCCACACAGGGGAAAAACCCUAUAAAUGCGGUGAGUGUGGAAAAACCUUCGCUUGGAGCUCAGCCUUAAUUAACCAUCAGAGGAUCCACACAGGGAAGAAACCCUAUGAAUGCUGUGAGUGUGGGAAAACUUUCACUGAGCACUCAAACCUUAUUAAGCAUCAGAGGAUCCACACAGGGGAAAGACCCUAUGAAUGCUGUGAGUGCGGGAAAACUUUCACUGAGCGCUCAACCCUUAUUAAGCAUCAGAGGAUCCACACAGGGGAAAGACCCUAUGAAUGCAGAGAGUGUGGGAAAACCUUCCCUCAGAGCUCAGCCCUUACUAGCCAUCAGAGGAUCCACACUGGGGACAAACCAUAUAAAUGCUGUGAGUGCAGGAAAACCUUCCUUCAGCACUCACACCUUAUUAGACAUCAGAGGAUCCACGCAGGAGAGAGAUCCUAUGAGUGCUCUAAGUGCGGGAAAUUCUUCCAUCAAAGCUUAGCCUUUAUUUAUCAUCAGAGAAGCUGCAAGAGAGAGAAAUGCCAUAAAAACCUUGUCUAGAGCUGAGGAAAGAUUUUAUUUUCCGUUUGCUAAUUCCCACAUAAUGAGCUUAAAGGAAGCAUUGUGUCCCCAUGGUCUUUCAGUUCCCCCAGCUGAGUUAUGUGCUUUUCCCUUUUGUAGCUCACCCUCCCUUGGGGGGAAUCCCACCGUCUUUUUCAGCAACUCCUUUGUCCUCUGUCAUGGAAGUGUGUUUCCCUCCAAUUGGAAUUUCAGUCAAUCCCAGGUGGGGGAACCAGGAGUGACCUCAACUAGGUACAUGGAGGCCUACAUGGGCCUUGACUCCACUAGGAUUUUCCAUGGAGUUAGCUAGCUUCAAUUACAUAUCCUAAUGUAAAAACACAAGUAUUUUUUCAAUUAAAAAAUACCCCAUAUAUGGUGGCCAAGAUAAUUUAGAAAAUUUCCUCAACACCUGGCAUAACCUCCAUCACUUUUCCUAGUCUAAACAUAUUUGGAGUAUCACAUUUAUACUUUUCCUCCCACUGCAAAGAAAUUGUUAGUCACCAGGUUCCCAUACUAGGGACAGAUUGUCUCAUUCCCAGUUAUUCUCACAUUACACUGGGUUGUGUUGAAUGUUUUUCUACCAUUUUUUCAUAUUAAAUAUAUUUAAAUAUAACAAAGAGAAGGAGCAGGAUUAGAGAUGGCGGGGGGGAGGGAGAUUUCAACCUCUGAGACACCUGAAGAAGAAGUGGUGAGUUGGAGGGAUUCUCACAUUCCGAAUUACCCCAGCAAUGUUUCCUGUGUUUGAGCCAGAUAGAAUUUAUCUUCUCCACUUUCUACACCUCCACCUGUCAUUAUGUCUUAUGAUUCAGUGUUCUCAGCCCUCUACUUGGGAAUCACAUUUUAUUUUCUUUGAUCAUAAAACAGUAUUUUCGAAACUGAGAUGACAGUGUCACAGACUUGCAAGGGGAAUUUGAAUGGAUGUCAAACACAGCAUGAUCACUGGGAGUUGAAAUCCCAGUUUCCAACUGUUAGGAAAGCCUCUUCUAGGAUUUUUCCUACUGAGAUGAGCUUGUUUGCAGAUGGAGAGGUUGAGUUUGUUUUGUUCAGUUUUCCAUUGGGAUGAUGCUAGAACUUUUGAAAAUAAAGCUAGGGCUGGCAAGCAAAUAAAAAAAUUAAUCAUGAUUAAUCGCGCAAUUAGUUGCACUGUAAAUAAAUGGUAUUCUAUUAGUCUUUAAAAUAUUCUUGGAUGUUUUCUAUAUUUUCAAAUAUAUUGAUUUCAAUUGCCACACAGAAUACAAACUGAACAGUGCUCACUUUAUAUUAUUUUAUUACAAAUAUUUUCACAGUAAAAUAGAAAAUAAAUAGUAUUUUUCAAUUCACCUAAUACAAAUAAUGUAGUACAAUCUCUUUAUCAUGAAAGUUGAACUUGCAAAUGUAAAAUUAUAUACAAUAAAUAAUUGCACUCAAAAAUAAAAUAUAAAACUUUAGAGCCAACAAGUCUACUCAGUCCUAGUUCUUGUUCAGUUUGUUUGUUUACAUUUGCAGGAGGUAAUGCUGCCUGCUUCUUGUUUACAGUGUCAUCUGAAAGUGACAACAGGUGUUUGCAUGGCACUGUUGUAGCUGGCGUCGCAAGAUAUUUACGUGCUAGAUGCACUAAAGAUGCAUAUGUCCCUUCAUGCUUCAACCAUCCUUCCAGAGGUCAUGCGUCCAGGCCAAUAACGGGUUCUGCUUGAUAACGAUCCACUGCAGUGUGGAUCAACACAUAUUCAUUUUCAUCAUCAGAAUCAGAUGCCACCAGCAGAAAGUUGAUUUUCUUUUUUGGUGGUUCAGUUCUGUAGUUUCUGCAUUGAAGUGUUGCUCUUUUAAGACUUCUGAAAGCAUGCUGCACACCUCAUUCCUCUCAGAUUUUGGAAGGCACUUCAGAUUCGUAAAACUUCGGUCGAGUGCUGGAACUAUCUUUAGAAAUCUCACCACUGGUACCUGCUUUGCGUUUUGUCAAAUCUGAAGUGAAAGUGUUCUUAAAACGAACAACAUGUGCUGGGUCAUCAUCCAAGAUUGCUAUAACAUGAAAUAUAUGGCAGAACUGGGGUAAAACAGAGCAGGAGACAUACAAUUCUCCCCCAAUUUGUUCAGUCACAAAUUGAAUUAAUGCAUUUUUUGAAUGAGCGUCAUGAGCAUGGAAGCAUCUCAUCUGGAAUGGUGGCCGAAGCAUGAAGGGGCAUACGAAUGUUUAGCAUAUCUGGCACAUAAAUACCUUGCAA